AGUAGACGGAUACUUGUCGUCGCGCACCUCAUGACGUGUCAUGGCAGCGCUCGAGAUGUGAUACGCGUUUGCGUUGUGCCUCGCGACGACGUUUCGCGUAUAUAAAUCCCUCUUGUAAACGAAGAAAAGCCGCGGUGUAUGAUGCGAUCGGACGCUUUCACGUAGGAGAGUCAUAUAUUUUGCGCAAGAAACGCGAACGCGACAGCGGAAUUGUUUUAAGAAAAGAACAACGAUUGCGUCGACGACGACGACGACGACGGCGAUGAGAACGACGACGAAGACGACGGCGACAGCGAUCCUUUACACGCUGUGUGUAUUUCACGGUGUCUCGGCAUUCUAUUUGCCCGGACUGGCGCCCGUGAAUUACUGCAAGGCCGGCGAGACUACCUCGACCUGCAAGUCUGACAUCAAAUUGUAUGUAAAUCGUCUAAAUACAGAAAAAUAUGUCAUACCAUAUGAAUAUAAUCAUUUUGACUUCUGCACGGUGGAAGAUGAACAAUCCCCAGUUGAAAACUUAGGCCAAGUUGUAUUUGGAGAACGUAUACGGCCGUCUCUAUACAAGUUGGAAUUCUUGAAAGAUGUCAAGUGUGCCAAAACUUGUAUGAAAUCAUAUGUAGGAGGUGACGAAAAGUCUGAAAAGAAGUUGCAGUUAAUAAGAAAAGGGAUAGCAGUCAAUUAUCAACAUCAUUGGAUUGUUGAUAACAUGCCAGUAACAUGGUGUUAUCAAUUGGAAGAUGAACGACAGUAUUGCAGUACUGGCUUCCCUAUGGGUUGCUAUUCCAAAGAAUCUAGAUCUCAGCUAGAUACUUGUACUAUACACGGUCCAUACAACAAACCGAAAACUUAUUAUUUGUUCAAUCAUGUGAAUCUUACUAUAACUUAUCAUAGUGGUGCUACAGAAGAAUGGGGUUCAUCUUUUAAGGAAAAUGGUGGUCGUAUCAUAUCUGCAAAGGUAGUGCCUCACAGUAUUAAGCAUACUGGUACAAUUGAUUGUGAAAGUCAAAUACCAUUAGAGAUACCAGCCAAUGAACUCCCAGCUGGACAAAAUUUUCAAGUGAUAUAUACAUAUUCUGUUAAAUUUGUGAAAAAUAACACAAUCAAAUGGUCAUCCAGAUGGGAUUACAUCUUGGAAUCGAUGCCACAUACGAAUAUUCAGUGGUUUAGUAUUCUUAAUUCACUGAUAAUCGUUCUGUUCCUCUCCGGCAUGGUGGCUAUGAUAAUGCUUCGCACACUGCACAAAGAUAUCGCACGAUAUAAUCAGAUAGAAUCAGGAGAGGAUGCACAAGAGGAAUUUGGAUGGAAAUUAGUACAUGGCGAUGUAUUUCGCCCUCCACGUAAAGGAAUGUUGCUUUCAGUUCUGCUGGGAUCUGGUGUUCAAGUAUUCUUCAUGACGUUAGUUACACUAGCAUUCGCUUGCUUGGGUUUCCUCUCACCUGCUAAUAGAGGUGCUCUAAUGACUUGUGCAAUGGUUUUAUACGUUUGUUUGGGAACCACUGCGGGAUACGCAGCCGCCCGGAUAUAUAAGAGUUUUGGCGGAGAAAAAUGGAAAUCCAACGUGUUACUUACAUCUAUGCUUAGUCCUGGAAUCGUAUUCAGCUUAUUCUUUAUAAUGAAUUUGAUAUUCUGGGUGAAUGGAAGUUCAGCUGCAGUACCUUUCAGUACUCUGAUCGCGCUUCUGGCAUUAUGGUUCGGAGUAUCAGUACCUUUAACAUUCAUCGGCGCCUAUUUUGGCUUUAAAAAGCAGGCUUUGGAACAUCCAGUACGAACAAAUCAGAUCCCUCGACAGAUACCAGAGCAAAAUUUCUACACACAACCAGUACCUGGUGUCAUAAUGGGUGGCGUUUUGCCGUUCGGUUGCAUAUUUAUACAAUUAUUCUUCAUACUUAAUUCUCUUUGGUCCAGUCAAGUGUAUUAUAUGUUCGGAUUUCUCUUUUUGGUUUUUCUUAUACUCGUCAUCACGUGUUCCGAGACGACGAUUCUACUUUGUUAUUUCCAUCUUUGCGCGGAGGACUAUCACUGGUGGUGGCGCAGUUUUCUCACAUCCGGUUUUACUGCUGUCUAUUUGUUAAUUUAUUGUAUACAUUUUUUUGUUACUAAAUUAGAUAUUGAAGGCGCCAUUUCUACGUUCUUAUAUUUCGGAUAUACGUUUAUCAUGGUUUACUUAUUCUUCCUUUUGACUGGUUCCAUUGGUUUCUUCGCCUGUUUUUGGUUUGUGCGCAAGAUUUAUAGUGUUGUGAAGGUUGAUUAAAUAAAACUGAUGGCGAGAACAAUGCCUGUUUGAUGAAUGUGGUAAAAUUAGUGUGAAACUGAUUGAAACGAGAAUGAGCGAUAGUCGAUAUUAUGUAAAUUGGCAUUAUAAAACAAAAAUCGUUGCGAUAAUAACGAGCGAAUUUAUUAUUCACGUCGUUAUUGUUGAGAUAUAUCUCAUAUUCCAAAUAUUGCCAUAAAUAUUAAAUGUAAUUUAUUUUAUUAAUACAAAAAAUACAGUUUUUUUCGAAUACACAUCGAUGUCACGUUAUCGACUAUCUGACAUUCUUCAGAAAUAUUUUCUCGACGCGUCUAACAUACAUCAUACAUAUUGAUGACGUAUGUUUCAGAUAUUCACAAAAACUAUCUAUUGUAUAAAUAUUUUAUUUUAUUUCUUUGUUUCCGAAACACUCGUGCAAUUACGUGUUUUGGGUUAAUAUCUUGUCAUUAAAUCUUCGAUGUGUUAUAUAAAAUCUGAUCAGAUUACUUAUCGUUUAUUAAUACAUUUAUCAUUACAAGGAGAUGUGAAAAACGAUUUCUUUGUAUUAAAAAUUGGUAAAAGUAUUAAUCGUGAGACACAUAAGAGAAGUCAAGUACAAUUCAAUUGAAUAAAAUGUGUUUUUCAGAUUAUAUAGAUUCACACAAGUAUAAAUGUACAAAUUGAGAACCAAUCUAAUAAUUAAAUUUUAUGUCUUUUUU